AUGGUCGGCGCUGCACAGUUGGGCCUCGCUGCCCUAGUUUGGCUCGGCCUGGCCAACCAAGGCCUGGCUUUGGGCAUCGACCAAGCCACCGACGAUCUCGACCUCGCCGCGAGAGACUUAUUCGGAAGUCUCGAGAAAACCAAGGCUCAGAUGGCCCUGGCUUCUAAGGGCAAGCGUGAUUCGGAGGAGCUGGACGAGCGUGACCUCGAAGGUCGACUUUAUCUUCCUGAUUAUCAUAAAUACGCCCCCAAGAAAGGACGAAGCCUUGAAGGACGUCUUUAUCUUCCCGAUUACCACAAAUAUGCUCCCAAGAAGGGGCGAAGCCUCGAAGGCCGUCUUUAUCUCCCCGACUAUCAUAAAUACGCCCCCAAGAAGCAAGGACGAAGCCUGAAAGCGCGGCGUAGUGGAAGACACUAG